AUGGCAGUGGACCAUCGUGGCCAGGCAAUGGGAAUGGACCACCGGGACCAGGCAAUGGCAAUGGGCCAUCGGGACCAGGCAAUGGGAAUGGACCAUCGGGCCCAGGGAAUGGGAAUGGACCAUCGGGUCCAGGAGGUGGUGGUCCAUCGGGUCCAGGCGGUGGUGGACCACCUGGUCCACCUGGUCCAGGAGGCGGUGGACCACACAGACCAGGAGGCGGUGGACCACAUAGACCACAUAGACCACAUAGACCACAUAGACCUGGAGGCGGUGGACCACAUAGACCUGGAGGUGGUGGUACAGAACCCCCCUGGGACUAUCCUCUCUGGUUUCCUCCCUGUCGUCCCCCGCUAG